CUUCGGGGGGCCGCGGCGCCCGAGGAUGAGGACGAGGAGCCCGGUGACCCCGAGGAGGAGGAGGAAGAAGAGGAAGAGGAGCCGGACCCCGAGGCCCCCGAGAACGGCUCCCUGCCCCGGUUCCUGCCACGCUUUAACUUCACCCUGAAGGACCUGACCCGCUUCGUGGAUUUCAACAUCAAAGGGCGCGACGUGAUCGUGUUCCUGCACAUCCAGAAGACGGGGGGCACCACGUUCGGCCGGCACCUGGUCAAGAACAUCCGGCUGGAGCAGCCGUGUAGCUGCAAAGCGGGCCAGAAGAAGUGCACCUGCCACCGGCCGGGCAAGAAGGAGACGUGGCUCUUCUCCCGCUUCUCCACCGGCUGGAGCUGCGGGCUGCACGCCGACUGGACGGAGCUCACCAACUGCGUGCCGGCCAUCAUGGAGAAGAAAGACUGUCCCCGCAACCACAGCCACACCAGGAAUUUCUACUAUAUCACAAUGUUGAGGGACCCGGUGUCACGUUACCUGAGCGAGUGGAAACAUGUCCAGAGGGGAGCCACGUGGAAAACCUCCCUCCACGUGUGUGACGGGAGAAGCCCCACGCCCGAUGAGCUGCCCACCUGCUACCCGGGCGACGACUGGUCUGGGGUCAGCUUGCGGGAGUUCAUGGACUGCACCUACAACCUGGCCAACAACCGCCAGGUGCGCAUGCUGGCCGACCUCAGCCUGGUAGGCUGCUACAACUUGACUUUCAUGAACGAGAGCGAGCGGAACACCAUCUUGUUGCAGAGCGCGAAAAACAAUCUGAAGAACAUGGCCUUCUUCGGGCUCACGGAGUUCCAGCGGAAGACACAGUUUCUCUUCGAGAGGACAUUCAACCUCAAGUUCAUCUCCCCCUUCACGCAGUUCAACAUCACGCGGGCUUCCAACGUGGAGAUCAACGAGGGCGCCCGCCAGCGCAUCGAGGAGCUGAACUUUCUGGACAUGCAGCUGUACGAGUAUGCAAAAGAUCUCUUCCAGCAGCGCUACCACCACACCAAGCAGGCAGAGCACCAGAGGGACCGGCAAAAGAGGCGGGAGCAGCGGAGGCUGCAGAGGGAGCAGCGUAGCCACCCGUGGCCUAGAGAGGACGGGAACCCCGAGGGGGCGGUCACUGAGGACUACAACAGCCAGGUGGUGAGAUGGUGACCCCCUGGCUUUGCCUCCCCCCAGAGGGGGGGAUGCGCAGGCACACCUGUGACCUUGGAGGACGUUGGACCCUUCUGUGGACGCCUUGGGGUAGAUGGCUGGGUUUAGACACCUGCUUUCUCUCUUUCUCUUGCCGUCAUAUUUAUCCCGCUGGAGAUGAUGUGUCUCGCGCUUUUCCUCCUGGUGUUUUUCACUCAGUGAUAUUCAGUAGGGUAGGAGUGCAUCUAAUAGAGACCACUUUAAAAGGUCCAGGAGAGAAGCACCUGGAAGGAGUCUCACCGCAGCCUGGGUUAUACACGGGCACAUUGGGAAGCACACUGUGGCUUGGUCGUUAAGCCGGAGCUGGUCUGUUUCAUAGUCUCUGUGUGGGGGACACUGCCAUGUAAAGAGACAGAGGCCUUGCAGCCUUGGCUGAGGUGAUAUGAACCCUCACUUGGCUGUCGGUCUCCUCUUUGAACUGUAUGUGAAUGUGGCUUAAAUCGUAAGUAGAGUAACGUGUUUUGUGUUGAGGAUGUUGUCAGGCAAUCACCUGGCUGUUGCGGGUCAGGACAGGGUGUCACCUGGCAAAGCCCCUGCAUCUCAGCUCUGCUCCCCUCACCCCUAUCUUGUAGAGAACAGCAAGCAGACUUAAGACAAGCAGAUUAAAGCCUGAGGCUCCUGAGAAACGAACUUUGGUGAGGGCAAUUGGGGAAACCUUGCUUGUUAAUGAAAGCCUUGGAGGGCACAUUGUACCACUUGUUAUUUUCAAUGCAAGGAAUGAAUGACAAAUUAAGGGGUGAAAGCAAGAGGUAAACACGGUGUCUAGCAUUUCCAAACCUGCUUCUUUUGUAAAGGAAUCUCAGUUUUACCUUUUGAAAACAAUUCUCUUCUUUGAUAUAUAAAUGUCAGUUUUGAAAUGUUGUGAUCACGGAAGAAAAGGCAUUUAAAAAGGAUUUGACCGGAAGAAUAGGAGCUUAGCUAGCAUGUCUAUAAAAUAUAUUCGAGGUCACUAAAUAAAUAAUAACUCUGGCUUAGAUCAGGAGACAUGCAACUCACAGGGACCGGGAGAGCUCUCCCAGGAGUUUGCACAGACUCAAGUUCCCAGUAUCUUGACUCUCUCCAGCCAGAGACUUUUUCUCUCGACUUAGCCUUUACCUGCUGUUUGACUGUGGUAGCAGCCGGCCAUAAACAUGCAAGCACUGUCUUGCAUUGAUACGGACAUGUUUGUCGUUUAAGCGAGCUUUACAGAAGCCACGUCUCAGCUUCUGGAAUACCCUCUCUGGGGUGGAGAGUCUAUCAGCCCCAGAUUCAUGCAGCAGCUGCCAGCACAGAGGUGCCUGUCUUGUGUCUCUGUCAUAGACGUGGGAAAGCAUGUUAGCCUGGCCUUACAGGCACAGGGUUCAUCUGUCACAUGCUGAAGGUGUUAUGGGAGAUUCCACUAGUGUUGGCAUGAUUGGAGACCCUUUUCAUACCUUAAAUCUGUCCGCAAGGUAGGCGUGAGCCUUCGCGGUUUCAUGGAUGAGAAAAUAGAAACCAUCACUUAUUGCCCAGAGGGAUCAAACUGUAACCCCGGUGGGCAGUGGACACUUGGUGCUGAGACAGCAGCAAGCCCAGCAGUGAUCCAGAGCGGUCCUGUCCACACAUCAGCCCAUCCACAAGCCAAGAGACUGCUGACUUUUGAAGCAGUGGGACUUGAGCCACUUAGGAGGAUGACUUUACAGAGUCAAGUCACUUAGUUGAUAGAGAUUACGAUCACAAAAAUACUGGUGUUUCCUUUCCUGAGGACUUAUUCCUAAGCUGGAAGGGAAGGAACAUGGCAGGUGAGGUUCGGGAGCAGCUCUUGUUCCAGCUUCACAUUCCAGGGAGGAGUAAAUGCGCUGCCUACAGUGCAUGCCUGCCACCGUGAAACACACACACACAUGCACACCGUAACAAUCCAGUGUUUUAUCAUUGGAACAUCUGAACAAGGGUGAAAGCAAUCAAGGUGUUUCUUUUCAAUUCACUGUCCAUCUUUGGUAGGGUGUGCACGCCUGGCUCAGUCCUGGAGACAGCCUCAGCUGACUUUAUGCUGUUCCUUGGUACCUCGGGAUUUCUAUCAAAAGGCUUCCACGGCCUCGCUGCUGGAGGCGGGACGUAUGAGUGCCACUUGAGACCAGAUAUCAUAAUGUUCAGAGGGGAAAUAAUCUUUGUGUUGGCCCGAGGCCAGUGUGGAGCCAAUUAGAAGGGGUGACAUGGCCUUCUUCCCUCAUAUCACUUCAUUCUAAAGAAGCAUGCUUGUCAUAUCCCGAGGGCCCCGUGUUGAUGGAAAUGGAAAUGUAGGGACACUGUUUUCUCCCCAAGAAUUGACUGCACACCUCUAUGUGACAUGAAAGGUGCUAGCAGAAGGCCCCUGGGACCAGGGCCCCAUAGGAGGACAGCAGCCCAAACCAAAUCCACUCCACAUUUGUUAAUGUUAAAAGUUCAGAAACAAACCACCCCCCAAAACCAAAACUUCCCCCAGGGAAUUCCCCAUCCCGUUGACUCUUGCCCCUUGGGUAGACUUUCCUUCAUGGGCUGAGCUGUCCUUGUAUACGUGUGUGUCUCUGUGUGUGUGUGUAUGGGUUUAAUUUAUUAUUAGUGACUAAGAUACAAUAUUAUAUUCCCUCUCUACUUCUAAUUCCUCUUGGCAGCCUACCCUUGGCAACUAGAGAACGGAUGAUUUGGAUAAUCCCAGUAAUUGAUAACAUUAGCAUUCAUUGUUGGCCAACUGUUAAGAAUAUCAUGUAUGAUAUUGAAAAAUGAUAAAAAUGUAUUUCUUAGUAACUAAAGGACAUAAGUUUGUCAUACAUAAUUUCAUUGGAAGUCUGAAAUAUAAGGCCUGGUUUAAAAGACUGAGUGGAGUUAGCAUUAAUACGCAGCAGUGUCUGACAGACCUUGCAAGGUGCACGUUGAUGGCUAAAAAAUAGCAUCUUUUGGAAGGGAUUCCAUUUGGCUGCUUUAACAGAGAAACUCACAAUAACAGUGACUUCAGUGAGGUUGAAGCCACUGCUCUCUCACUGACAAGGCAAACCCAUGUGAUACAGCUCUGCUCUCUGACAUCUCCACAACACAGGUCCUUUCCUUGCCCUGAAGUCUCCCCAUCCCAGCUAGAGACAACUGCUGUUUUUCCUGCCGUUUCGUUGACAUUUAAGACACAGAGAGAUGUGGAAGGAAGUUCCACAUAUCCCUUCCAGCCACAGCUCAUGGACUAGUACCUAGGCGUGAGCCCCAUGUAGCUGCACAAAAUGUCAGAGGAGAGCUUUCUCAUUGGUUGUCAUGUGCCUUGAUAAAUAUGAGGGUUCUAUUAUUCAAAAAACAAUGUGAAAAUGAAUACUGAUAAUAACAAUCAGUCUCUGACACAGAACAGAAUUGAAAAAUAUUUCAAGUGCUUUUCAGUGUCAUUUGCUUCAUCCUAUGUUUUGCAAAGGGUACAAUUUAAAUUCAUAACUUUGUAUAGUACUUAAUGCUUUUCAAAACAUAUGGACAUUGAUAACUCACUUGAUCGUCCCUAUAUGCUAGCAUAUCAAGUAGGACCUCCGUUCAUUAUUUUCUUUGAUAGUUUGACAUGGAGAUUCAGAAAUGGUGAAAGAUUCCCAAAGAGUCUAGUUCAUUAACAAAGUUGCCGAGAGCCCCAGUCUCUAGGCUUCAUGACUUUCCCUGUUACUUUAUUCUGUUCAGCGACACUGUUGAGGCUGGAAAUUGCAAGAAUCUACAUCUUUGUUGAUUUUAUCUUCCCUUCCCUUCCUUUAGAGCUUAAUACAUCGAGGUGGGUGGUGGUUGGCUCUCAACCCCCUCUUGCAGGGUGACCUCUGCGUGGGAAUGAAUACCCGAGACAGGGCAGCUUUGCAGAGAGGUGGAGAAGGACUGCCUGGAACAGUGCUGGCUGAUGUUUACACCAUCCAGUCCGAAACCAUUGCAGAGGAAGGCUGAGGGAAUGUGCUCACAGCUCUGCAGGGAAGCCAAGUGUUAGAAAACUUUAGAAUCAGUAGCAGCCUGAAUAGUGACGCUGAAGGGGUGAUCAAUAGAACCCCUGCUCAAAGACUGUCCUCUCCGCUUCUUCCCCAGGCUGCUGGAAUUUUAUCAGCAACUUAUUGCUUUGGUUCUAAAAGGUUAUUUUUGGUCUUAAAUGAGUCCCUUUGCACAUUUUCCAGAGAGAGGAAAUGCUGUAAGCUGUCAUAAGCUAACGUCUUCACUUGGAGUUUAUCUGAUUCCUACCCAACCAGAACUGGUAGCAGAGAAGGAGGUCUUGUCCAAUUGGAUCACCCAGGGGUGGCAUGUGGGGACAGUAGAAGCUUCUGAAGGGGGAGUAGGUCUGUCAAAGUUGGAAAGAUGAGGAAUUAAACAUGCACCGGAAAAUACUGACAAAUAGAAUAAUAUCUACUACAGUUUCUGUUCUCAAGAACAAGGGCAGAGUGGAGACAAGUGAACUGGAUUCUCUGGGCCAUUGAGGGGAAUGGGCUGGGGAAUGGGGCUCAUGAGAUAGGAGCAGAGCGCGGGGUUGGGGUGUGAAGACUGAUGGAGACUAAGCUGGGUCAGGCACAGGCAAAGAAGACACACCUGAUCACACCUGUGUCCGAACGCUUUCCUUCCAAUAGUUCUCGUGUCUCCACAGUCAGGUUAUGAGGACUCCAGCUCAGGCAUCAGGGAUUGAGGACUCUACCCGAGGGGUCCCCCUGGAGAGCAAGCUGAGCUCCUGUCUCCACGGAACUUGGGCUUGUCUUCUUCCCUCCCUCCUCCAUCCCCACCGGACUUAAGGCUGCCGUUCUCUCACCCCAGCCCCUGGACACAUGUGACUACUUCCCUCACAUUCUGAAUUAGCCCUGUGGGCAACCCGGCUGGGCUCCAAGACUGCCGUAUGGUGUAGCUGACGGACGGGAAGCUUAUGGACCCAUCUUCACAACACAUAGCAGAACCACCAAUCUUGCAGAGACGCUGGAAUUGCCAGAGGACAUGUCUUGCUGUUGCCACCAGCAGCAAAAGUCCCUGUACUUCCAGGCAAGAGAACAGAUCUCUGGGUGGGACGUCAGGGCUGCACAGGUGUUUCUUGUGCGGUGUUCUGUGUCGUCCACUGCAAAAUUGCAACUGUCAUCCUCUGACACCUUCAGUGGGACUUCUGUGAGUCUCUUGUGCUUCUGCACUGUGGAGACUCAGCAAAGGGCAGGUGUCCAUGCCGAGAAACCUCAGUCCUUGCCAGGGCUUAAAGUAGUUCUCUGAGGACACAGAGCUUGUGUGACUUAGUCAUGGUUGCAUUCAUCUCCUACCAAUGUGUCACUUCUUUUAUCACGCGUUCAUCGUUACUCUCCUUUUCCCACCCUCACCCUCUCCCUACAACAGUUUUGCUUGCAUUUAUUUUUCACCUGACAUAUCAAAGAUGAAAAAUGUUGGAAAGAAAAAUCUGGACUUUUGUCUGGUGCCCCAUUUUAGCUGUAAAGAUAGUUAUUCAAUAGAUAGUAAAUUAUUUCUCCUAAGAGAUAUUUCCUUUUGUUCCUGUGCAAUAAUAUGUAUGAACUUGGGUACUAGGAGAUUGUCUUGUGACAUUAUCAACCUUUAUUGCUAUUUAAAAAAUGAUAGUUUGUAGAACCAAGGAUUUCCAUUGAUGUGAAGCACAAUUUAAUGAAUAAGUUACCAUAUUAAACUGUUGUGAUGUCAAGAACAAUUGUUUUCCCCUGUGAUUUUGUUGGACAUUUUUGCAAGAUGAAAAAGUUGGUUAAACACUUUAAGGGAUUUAUGGAAAUUGAAUCCAUGGGAUCAGCUUUGUCAAACUCUAAAAAUCCAUGCUUUGGAUACAAAUGUGGUUAUUGGGUGUGAGAUUAUAAAAGCAGAGAAGACAAAGAAAAUAUAGAUUAAAACAAUUUAAGAUCUCAGGAGCCUAGGAGGAUUUCACAGGCUCUCAAACACAUAAGCUCUUAAAAUCAGGGGCGUUAGGGAAGCUGCCCCUUGGAGAAAACCUGGAAUCGGAGCAAAAGAGUUCUGUGCUCAAUCUAAAAGAAAAGGAAAGAGAAGGGAAAGGAAGGAGAGGAAGGAAGCAUGAAAGGGAAGAGAGAGGACAAAGAAGGAAAACACAACUUUGAAAUAAGCUCGCCACAACUUCAGUACACUAGGUUUAUCUGUUCUGUCAUGACUAGUUUCUAUGUAUAAGCAAAGACUCAAUGAACUGGUAGCGAAAGUAUCUUUGAAAAAGCUCUUCAAUGAUACAGUUUAUUGUUUUCUUUUUGUUCUGCAGAGAUGGGAAUUGGGACUCCUUCCUUGCUCAUGGGUUAAUGAGAUUUUCACGUGGCCAUAUGCUUGGCUCUAGAACUGAACAUCAACCAGAAAAGCUUCCCAAAGACAGUGGUAAUUACACACACACACA